UCUUCCUUUUCUAAUUUUCGAUCGCCAACGUGACAUUAAAAUUAAACUAUAUUUAUCAAUAAUAAUGCGUAAACGUGACAUUAUUCGCCUUUGGAAUCAGGUUGUGGACCAAACGGGCAUCGACAAAUACACGGACAGACAGUGGCAGGAAAUUUACGAAGAAUUCCUGAAAUCCAUGUACGAUAAUAAUGAACCUUAUAUAAGUGUUCAAAGUGUGGAAAAGUUAGUGGAUGAGCUUGAGGAGAAUAUGGAAAUUUCAAAAAGUUUGAAUACAAGCUCCGAUAUAGAUGAUGAACCGCUGUCGGCAUUACAAAAUCGUCUGAAAGAUAAAAUCAAAGUGGAGCCAAUAAUUCCGUUAAGAAGAUCCACGCCACGAUGUGUGGUUGACAAUAAUAAUUUUAAUCAGCAGUUGGCGGAUAUUAAAUUUAAAUCGAAGCAGCGGCAGAUGCAUUUCCAAACAGAGAUGGCAAAGCACAAGGAUAAUGACGAUCUUUUAAUGUUAGGCACAAGCCCCAAACAGGAAAAGGCUCAAACAAAAAAAAUCAACAAACAAUAACGCAACUAAUAAGAAGCGAAUAAACUCUGAAAACUUGACAGAACAAAACGAAGCAACUGCAAAACGAAUGCGCACACAAACUAAGCUCACAAUUGAAAAAGGGGACCAUAAGAUUGAUAAAAAUGAGAAACGACAAGUGCCUGGCAAAUCUAAUUUAGACAAAUUAAAGUCUAAGCCGCCUCGAAUUAGGCGAGCGAAAUCAAAGGCAGUAUUUGUUAGUGCUUCAGUUGAGUUCAUAGGAAAUCAGUUUUUUUUGUUACCACAGAUAAUGGCACCGACUGCUCACAUGCCACCCUCAGCCAUAAAUUUGACGCGAGGGCCAACUAUGAACAAUACUUCAAGCACAGAAGAAGCUGUAACUCUAGAAGUUGUUGAAGCGGAAGAUCUCAGUAGUCUAAUGAUAGUGAUAGAAAAAGAACCUGUUAAUGUUGACAAAAAUGCUGACCAAGAAAAUGUUGAUUUCAAUCAAUUGUUGACCAAUGAUGAAUCUCUUGAUGUUGAUAUAUUCAAUUCAACACAAUAUCUUGACAAUUUCGCAAUCGAAUUAAAUGAUUUAUUUAUGUCUUCGGAGGCAGCUACAAACAGCUUAGCAACGAACUUUAAUUUAUUAGAACAGAAUACAAUGUUAGACGAUGAGCUUAACUUAACACUGGAAUCCAUAGAAAUAUUGCAGAAUAAUAUCCACUCAAUGGAAAUAAGUCGAACGAUGCUACAAAAUGAUCUAUAUUUGACCUCGGAGACAGGAUCAGAAAAUGCAUCGAUAGAACAUGAUCUCAACUUGACAAACUUAGCAGAUAAUAUUGCUUUGGUCGAGCAAGACAAUCUUAAAACGACAAUACAACAGAAUAAGAAUAAUGACAAAACUCCCUUAGAGCAGGACGCGUUAUUGCAAGAUGAACUUAAUUUUGAAAUCGACUCGGACGAUGUCCUUUCAUUGAGCACUUCCUGGGAUGGCGGCAUGGACGACAAUGAUGAGCGAAAUUCAAUUGUGAAUAAAAUGGAUAGGAAUGAAUCAGAUAUUGCUGCUUCAAUUGUUGACUCUAUGAGUCCAUUGACAGCACUUACUACGACUGCUGUUAGUCCAGAAGCUACAGCUCAUCCGGCAACUAAUGCUGUAGAAACCAACAUAUCACUUAAUGACUUGCGCAGCUUUCGUAUUCCCAAGAAAACAAAUAAUCCAAAGUUGUAGCUAGCUUGAGACGCUGCAGGAACCACAUAAACAGGCGUUGGUGAAUGGAGAGCAGCAACAACGAGAGUCCGAGAAAGCGAGGCAACAGCCUGCUAACAACAUCGAGCACAAGCAGCAACAUCGAGUCGUUGAUGGCAGACAGCAACAAAAAGAGUCUUGACUGUGACAACGGUUGCUCAAAUCUUAUACAACGAUUGCGCAGAUCAGCCAAAUGCGCAACUGCAAUUGCUGCUGCUUGCAAUCCGGCGGUUUCAGCCAUCUCAUCAAUAGCAGCAUCAAAUUCAUUCGCAACAGCAUCAAUAUCCCCAACAACAGCAACAUUAUUCGCCGUAUUCCAUUGAGCAUCAACGUUUUCGUGAUAAUCAGCAGCAACAUCAAUAUUUUCGAGAUCGGCAACAGCGACCGCAACAUUCUCGUGAUCAGCAGCAGCAACACUUUAAGCGUCACCAAGAGCUUCAGCCACGCACCAAGAGCUGGGUGGACAAAUCCUAAAAUAAGCCUCUAUAUUAAGUUCAAGCAGCAGCUACGAUGUUUCGUUUUAAAGCUACCUGUUUUCAUCAAUUUAAUCAUCUUUUUAUUUCAUUACAGCUUACUUACGGCCAUAAGAUUUGAAUUAGUUUAAGUGAGCUGUUGGACAGCACCAAAGUUUUGAUUUCAACCUUCUUAAUCUUAGUCCACUACUGGAGUUUCACACAAAUAAAACGAUAA